AUGCCCUCCACCGGGGAUGCGGGCCUCUCGCCUGCCGUGGUAGAAUCCAUAGCUGGCCUCAGUGCCGGUACCGUGUCUACCCUGGUGGUGCAUCCUCUCGACAUAGUCAAGACUAGAAUGCAGAUAUCCCGCUCCACCCCAACGGCCGACCUACCGAGGACGAUGACGAUUAUCCGAUCCAUGACAUCGGCGGGCCGCCCGGUCGCGGCUCUGUACCGAGGGCUGACGCCGAACCUGGUCGGCAACGCGACGGGCUGGGCGAGCUUCUUCUUCUUCAAGGCGCGCGCCGAGAGGGCGCUGAGCGCGUGGAGGGGGCGGGGGCCGCGCGCAGCCGACGGCCGCGACCCCCCCCCGCCGCCUACGUCGGCCUGGGAGUUCUUGGCCGCGCCCGCCCUGGCCGGCGUGGCCACGACGGCCCUGACGAACCCGAUAUGGGUCAUCAAGACGCGCAUGCUGUCGUCCGACCGCGGCGCCGCGGGAGCCUACCCCUCCAUGAUGGCGGGCGUGAGGUCCAUACUGCGCGGCGAGGGCCUGCGCGGCUUCUAUCGAGGGCUGGGGGUGUCCCUGUUUGGCGUCUCGCACGGUGCCGUGCAGUUUGCCGUCUAUGAGCCUCUGAAGAGGAUGUACCUCGCUUCCGCCUCUUCCGUCCCGUCUCCUUCUUCGUCUAGCCACGGCAACGGCAACGGCAACGGAGACGGAAACAUCGACGGCGCAGGAGGUGAGAGAGGGAGAGGAAGGGUAGGAGAAGAAAGAGGCGGUCCCAUGCCGGUGCAGGUGACCAUGCUGAUAUCGGGAGGUGCGAAGCUGGUGGCCGGGGCGGUCACGUACCCGUAUCAGGUCCUGCGGAGCCGCCUGCAGAAUCUGGGGGCGGAGGAGAGGUUCGGUCGAGGCAUCGCGGGCGUGGUGCGCACGACGUGGCGAGACGAGGGCGUCCGGGGAUUCUACCGCGGCGUCGUGCCGGGCGUGGUGCGCGUCAUGCCAGCCACGUGGGUGACGUUUCUGGUCUAUGAGAAUGUCAGGUUCCAUCUUCCCAGAUGGGUGUGA